AUGCUGUUCACCAUUUGCGUGACAAGGGAAGUCGUGGAAGUGCCUCCGUCGCCGAAGAAGGAGGCGGAGAAGGAGGUCCUCACUCUUCACGAGCAGGAAGCUCUUACCGCCUACAGCGCCGACGCGUUCACCAUCGUGAAUGGUUUGUGCCACGACCUCGGGUUGCCCACAUUGAUUCGGUUUUCAAGUUUCCAUCCCCAUGGUUUUUGUGGGUUGAAAGAUCUGAUGACUCUUGAGGGCACCAAUGCGGGUGGACUCACAGCGCUGUGCGAGAAGGGCUUGAACAUGCAUCGCAUCCUGCCCUGUCAAGCUCAUGUUGGACUGGGCUUUAGGUUCUGCCAAAGUCAAAUCGAAAGACCAUCGCUGGAAUUGCUUUGGCAGAAGUCACAAGGCAGGAUCGCGGACCCGGUGCCUGAUUUGAUUCAGCGUCACGGUCCCAGCAGCCGACUUCCCAGGGUCGCAUGGGCACACGAGCAAGAGAUCCUCUUUGGCCGGGACUUCGAACACACGAUGGAAGUUUCGGAGAGGUAUGAGAAGAUAGAUGAGCCAUUUGAUCUCAGCCGUUCGGCCAUCCCAAGGGCAAAGCGUUUGGGAGAGAACGUGACCUUCAGCGAUCUUCGCUCAUGCAUUUCCCCAGAAGGGUGGGAAGACGACCACAUCGAAACCAUCGUCGUCCUAGCAGAGCGCCAGCCCAAAUGA